AUUUGGUGCUGCAACAAGAGGUAUCGAAGACGCAGCAUCAAGCGACAAGGUGCAGUGUAGCACUGUAGUCACUCUUACCCAAUUCGAGCUGGCAACUGGUGUAGCCACGGGGCAGCAUGUCGGGUUCCGAAUGGAGUUGGGGGAGUUUCGAGCUUACGUAAUCGAUCGCCCAGAACACUUGUUGCAGACAAACCUUAGGAUUCCACCUUCCAAGGCUUCACUGACCAGUAUUUUGUCCUCGCUGGGUUUUGCGCACGUCUUAGAGGCGAAAGACGCCACAGUGCUGUUUCGGAAGAAGAAAGCCCUCAUACCGGAACAAGACGAGGAGGAGAUGUCAAUCGACAUUCGCAGUGGCAAAGUGGCGUUACACGCUUGUGCGGAUACGAUUCAUUGCCUGCUCCAAGUGAUAUCGGAAGCGAAUGCGCAAGCAGUGCCAGUAGCUGAAGAUAUCGUGUUGUCGAGGAAAGAACGAGCGUCGCCGCGAAGUAGCGUGAACAGUGUGAAUAUUAUGGACAGGUUGGGAGUCGAUGUUGUACUUCUAGUUUGAGUUGUGGAUUUAGAUUCUAUUCUCUUAGUUUUUAUAGCGUCGUGCUUAUUCGUUGAUCAGUUUGCUAGCGAGUGAACAGGAAUGCUUUAUUUUUGUCGCAUUGCGAUCGGUGUUAGUGUCGACUAAUUACUUAUGUUGAUCUUGUUGAGAAUACUACUGAGAUCACUAAUCACCGUGCGUAUUCACGUUCACCUGGAGAUGUUGCUGAUCCUUUACAGCAGAGUACUUCUUCGAGAGGAGCCGAAGCAGCAGCAAGCAGCAUGAAUCUCUUACCAGUGAAUACGGUUUAUCCAGCCACCGCAAUGCAGGGGGUCGGCGGCUUUUCAGUUGGAGAUCGGUCAAGACCGGAUAGCAAUAUAAGCCCACCGCGUGGUGAUAAUGGCG